UGGUUAUUUUGGAAAAAUAUAAACCAAGAGAGGUAUUAGAGAUAGAUAUUCCCAGAUCAGCAGAGAAGCAAUGGAAGUCGAAAGCUGACUCUUUAUCCCUCCCCAACCAACUUUAAAGAAAAGCGACGAAACGCGCCCCUUCCUCCUCCCAUCUCCUCCUUCAUUUUGCUUCUUCUUCGUUCAUUUCUUGGCGAGAAGCCGGCGCUGGUUCUGCUCUGCCUCCCUUUACUUAUCUCUCGACCCAAGUCCUCAGCUCAAACAGAAUUGAUUAGGGUGAAUCACCCAUACUGUCCGAGUUCCUGGGUAGUUCUUGCAUUGAGUGUUCAGUAGCUUUCGGUUUGGUGGAAACCUAGCUUGGAGAUUCAAUCUAUGGUUUCAUCAUAUCUAAGGGGGUCUGUGGGGUUAGAUGGAUGUUCUCUCCCCGGGACUACGUUCUGAUAAUCUCGCAGAUAGUUGCCCACUGUUAAUGGAGCGAUCAACGACUUUUAGGAGUACAGAUCACAUCAUCGAUGUGCCUGAAAAUUCCGAUUCUUCUUCCGAAUCUACAUCCCAUGGUGGACAUUCUCUGGAAACCUUUUCAACAGAUGCCAGACCUUCAACUAGUUCAGCACCCUCGGUUUCUCAGCCUUCAACAUCGUCGUCAAAUGUAUCAAGUGCCCGGAGUACUAGGAGAGGGGAUGCUCGUGGUAGACGCAGGAGUCCACUGAAUUCGGGUCUAUGGAUAUCAGUUGAAUUGGUUCUCACAUUGAGUCAGAUCAUUGCAUCGAUCGUCGUUCUCUCCAUAUCGAAGGAUGAGCACCCACGCACACCAUUGUUCGUGUGGAUUAUCGGUUAUGCAUCUGGAUGCUUAGCGACUCUCCCCCUUCUUUACUGGCGAUAUCAUCUUCGAAACCAAGGGACUGAUCAAGAUGCUGCUCAAACUCGUCAGGGUUCGACUCACAUCAAUGUUCCUGCUGGACCAUUUUCUCUUUCAGUGACCAGAACUUCUGAUGGAGAAGAUCGACGACCUGUGGUUGGCUCACCUAGAGGUGGUCCAAGUACAGCAGCAGUAAACCCGAGGGUGAAGGUCCUAGUUGAGUACUUCAAAAUGGGCUUGGAUUGCUUCUUUGCAGUUUGGUUUGUUGUGGGUAACGUGUGGAUCUUUGGUGGUCAUUCGUCGGGAAGUGAUGCUCCAAACAUGUAUAGGUUAUGUAUAGUGUUCCUUACCUUCAGCUGUAUUGGAUAUGCCAUGCCCUUCAUUCUCUGUGCCACAAUCUGCUGUUGUCUGCCUUGUAUUAUCUCACUCCUCGGGUAUAGAGAGGAUCUGGCACAAACCAGAGGAGCAACUCCUGAGUCGAUCAAUGCACUACCAACAUACAAAUUCAAGUCAAACAAAAGAGAUGGAAACGCAGGUGGCAUUGAUGGUGGGGUUGUAGCUGCAGGAACCGAGAAGGAGCGCAUCAUCUCAGGGGAAGACGCGGUUUGCUGCAUUUGUUUGGGGAAGUAUGCGAAUAACGAUGAGCUGCGAGAGCUGCCAUGCUCUCACUUCUUUCACAAGGAAUGCGUGGACAAGUGGCUUAAAAUCAAUGCAUCGUGUCCUCUUUGCAAAAGCGAGGUUGGUGAAAGUAUCAUGGGUUCACUCUCUGGUGUUCAAACUUGAGAGUUGACAGUGGUCCUGCUGGUGAGCUAUGAAGUACAUGUGAGAGUAAGAUAAAGUUCUUAAUGCUUUAUACAUCUAGGUAGUCGACAUUGAGGGUUGAGGCUUCCUGUAAAGAGUGUUUCUCCAAUGUUUUUUCACCUCAUGGAAUCUGUUACUUGUGUAAGAAUUGGUUUGACUUCACCUCUGCACCUCUUCGGUCUUCCCUUGUUUUUGUAUAACAAGAUCUAAGCUUUUUGUCCGUCCGAAUGUUCAUUAUACUCGUCAACUUCUGUUGGUCAUUGGAUCUGUGACCCGAGGUCCAAGGCAACAUUUUUUAUGAUGCAUUCUAGUUUUGCAGCCGAAAUCAUCUAUGAAAUAUG